UCAAAGGGCUGAAACAGUCUGCCUAACUCAGGAAAUAGAAUGGAUGUUUCGAAAGCAUUCUUAACCAGAGAUGAAGAACACUCCAUCAUAGUUUCAGCUCUCCAACACGUUAUCUCAGGUGGCACGACAUCCUCUAGUGGCAACAACAUAACGCCAAUCCUCCAGGAUUCUGCUUCCACUUGUGCCGUUUGUAAUAUGGAUUCUGUGGAUUGUCUCGGCUGCAACUACUUCGAUUCUAACCAAGAACAAGAAUCCGGUGGAGAGGGAAAAGGUGCAAGAAAGAGUAAAAGAACGAAGAAGAAUAAAUACAGAGGAGUUAGGCAGAGGCCGUGGGGGAAAUGGGCGGCGGAGAUCCGGGAUCCAUGGAGAGCAACUCGUGUGUGGCUGGGUACUUUUCGCACGGCGGAGGAGGCAGCUACUGCUUACGACACGGCUGCAAUCGGAUUCCGUGGAACCAAAGCCAAAACUAACUUCCCAUUAUCCAACUAUACACAAAUGCAGAUUACAGAGAAUAAAAGGACGGAAGGAUAUAAGCCAGAUGGAGCAGAAAGCAGCAGCAGUAAGGUGGCAGAGGAAAAGAACAAUGGCAAGCAAGUGAUUGAUGAUUCCAUGGAGCUCGAUGAGAAAAAGGAGGAGGAGGAGGAGGAUUAUCUUCUAGAUGAUAUAUCUAUGGAGGAUUGAGUAUUUCUGGUCAAGUAUAGAGACAGCGUUGAAUCCUGCAUGGAUAUCUUUUUGCAGUUCUAGAAACGUGGACUUCUCAAAGCAUAGUAUAUAAAGCAGGCCUCACUCACUUAUUUUAUAUGUAGGUCUCGUUAUAUAUUGGUGUUUUAACUUCAUGAUGAACCAGUUUUACACAAGUUUCCCUGAAUGGAAGCCUCUAUUAAAAGGUUUCAGAUUUGAAUCGAUAAAUGAAUGGAGGGAAAGAUUGUGAGAAAGUAUGUUAUUUAUUGUGUUGUGCUUUUUACAAAAGGUCACUAAUGAAUGCUCUUGUUUUGGUGUUGUCUCUAGUUCUCCUUG